AUGUCUCGCUUGAUGUCAAGAGAAAACCUUCCUUUGGUUCCACAUCGGAAAAGAAGAAAAGAAAAUCCGACCCAAUCGUCAGAGCCAUUGCAUGAAUUGAUCAACAAACUCCCUGAUGCUCUGCUGUUGGAGAUUUUUUAUCGACUCCCUCGUCGAUCUGCUCAUCGAUUCAAAUCCGUCUCAAAGCACUGGUCUUCUCUUAUUUCCGAUCCAUACUUUGUUCGCGGCUUCAUUCCCUUUACACUUGUGAUACAGCAUUUUUUUAGAUCGACUAAAAAAAUCCUGGUUCUUCCAUCCAAUAAUUCUGGGGACUAUGACUUCGGUGAUGAUUUUCUCAACUUUCUUCCCUGUAUCAAACGACGAGUAAGGAAAGAUUAUCACUACAUAAUCACAGCAUCGUUCAACGACUUAUUGUUACUAUACAGCGAAGUUAGGGAAGACUUCAUUUUAAAUUUAAAGCCAGGUUUUUGUGAGUACUGCGUCUGCAAUCCGCUUACAAAACAAUGGAUCACGCUCCCUCACCUUCCCUUCAACAGUAACAAGGACAGCGUUAUAGUUGGCUUUACAUGCGAUCCAUAUAGUUGUGAUAAAGAGCAGGGAUGUAAAACCCAUGCACAUUACAGAUAUAAGGUGGUACGCAUUCAUUCUCCCACUCAACCCAACACUACUCAAUUACGUGUGCAGAUUUUUUCUUCCGACACAGGAGAAUGGUGCAACUCAGUUGUUUCGUCACCACGGGGACUGAAUUCGUUCAGUUUGAUAUCUAAGAAUGCUGGUGUUGUUGUUUGCAAUGCGAUGUUGCAUUGGGUGGAUUAUAAAUAUGGGGGAAUACUCCAAGGCAUUGUUGUUUUCGACCCAUUUAACGAUGCAGAACGAUGCCGUUAUAUUGAUCAACCCAUUGGCUUUCCGUCUUUAAAAGGCUCAGUCUCCCUUGGUGUGUGUCGAGGGCAUCUUCGGAUGAUCCAACAUCCUUCUCCAUGGUUUUACGGGGACUGUCCCAAUGCUCGCAGUUUUUCUAUUUGGGAACUGGAGGAUUAUGAUAAUGGAGGUACAUGGUGCCUGAAACACAAAGUUUAUUUCAAGGACAUGAUUUUGGAACAUCCCGUUCUUGCUAAGUUACCGAAGGAGUCUUUAUCACCGAUCGUGUUGUUGCCAGCUUUCCACCCAAAUGAUGAAAAAAUUCUCUUCUUCCAACUCCGCAAUUACAUUCUUAGGUGCAACUUGCAAACGAUGGUAUUGGAAAUUGUCGUCGAACUAGAAGAAACGAGGGAAAACUUCGUUGACAACGCGAAAUCUGUCUUCCUACUUGAGCAACAAUCAUGGCCAACACCAGUUCCUCCCCUCCCAUUGAAGUUCAAAUAG